UCUCCAGUUUUUCGCUCGCGCUGAGCCACCCCUCGCUCGGCACCGUCUCGGUUCGGCGGCUUGCACAGUUCAACGCGAUCCUCUCUCUCUUUCUCUGCGUCGUGAUAUCUAUGCCCUUCUCUUCUUUUUUUCAGAAUCUUUGCCGGAAUUCGUAACAUUUGCUGGAAUAUUUGGAAUUUUGGCCGGACCUUUGAAAUCUUGCUGGAAUUUGUAUUGGACUUCUAGUUAUAAAAGAAAUUAUCCGUGGAAAGAUGUACUCUUUCUUCUAAAUUAUAUCUGGCGUUUCAUUGUUAUCAGAGUUUUUGUUUAACUGGAGAUUCUCGGUUGAUUUUAUUGAUUUCCACAGCGGUUACACCAGGUUGGAGAGAAGCUUCUUCAUCAGUGUAAUUUUCUGAGAUUCAUCAUAUAAGCAAUGGGUAGGGGCACAAAGAAUCAGAAGAUGGCCUCGAAAAAAGAAAUAGGCUCCAAAAGACACAGAAGAGGCUAUCAAAUUGAAGUCCAGGACUUCUCAGAGAGAGACAUGGAUGAUGAAAUCGAUGCCUUUCAUAAGCAAAGGGAUGUGAUUCCACUUGAUGUAAAUGACGAUGCUGGUAUCUCUGAUGAUGACAUGGAGCAGCCAAUUUUUGAUCUUGAGGAUGAAAUUGAAGUUGACGAUGAUGACGAUGACGAUGAUGACCAGCUUCCCAGUCUUGCUCGUAAAAUUAAAAAACAAGCAAAAUAUUUAAAGCAAAAGAGUGGUGGGGUUGUUGAUGAGAUGCAAGAUGAUUUUGCAAUAUGCUUCAAAUGGUUCUUUGCAUUACUCUCUCUCUUACGUAAUAUGUUUUACAGUUCUGCACCAGAGCUAGUAGGAUUGCUACCAGAUUUGAAUGAUGCACUCAAUCAACUUGAAAGUUUAAAGGAGUGUCUGGCAUGCAAGGAAAACAAUUGCAAAACUGGAGGAGUGAACCAUCUAGAGUUCAAGCGGGUCUUAUUGUUGGUCUAUUGCCAAUCAAUUGUUUUCUAUUUACUUCUCAAAUCUGAAGGACUUUCUAUUCGGGACCAUCCAAUUAUAGUUCGCCUUGUGGAGAUUAAAACCAUGUUAGACAAGAUGAAUCAGAUUGAGGGGACACUUCGUCGAAGAAUCAAGAAAACCCAUAAGGAGCGUGGAAUUGAGUCUCGAGCCAAUCUUGCUAGAAGUGGUGAUGCUGCUGAAAUCGAGUCUCCUUUACCAAAUAAUGAGCCACCAUUAAGCUUAUUAGCUGAAUCAGAUGAGGGUUUAUUGGAGGAGAAGCAUGAUAAAUCCAUGAAGCAUGACAAUCAAAAGAUUGAACCAUUGAGUAAAGAAAGUGUGGAAAUGCUCAGAGUGCGAAAAAUGCUCGAAGAAAAAUUGAAGCAGAGCGAAGUUUUUAGCUCACUUAUCACUGACCGUAAAGAAAAGGUUCAAAAAUUUGUUAAACCCACGAAUCGCAAAUUUGAAACUUUAGAUGAUUAUGAUGAUGAGCCUGAAGAUAAUAGAGUGUUGCCUGGUAAAGUAAGCAGUGACAAUGCAAUCAAAUAUCGCUCCAGUAAUCUCAAUCAAGUUAUAGCUAUGGCUGGCAAAAAGGACAAGAAGCAUAAGUUGGUUUCUGGGGACGAGGACCUACCUGCAAGGGAAGAUCUGGGAGAAAGGAGGAAAAAACAUGAACUCCAGAUCCUCAAGAGACUCCGAGACGACGACGAAGCUGAUGUUGAUGUUGAUGAUGAUGGUGAAGAGAAUACUGAGGAAGUACAGGGCUCUGAAGAUGAGUUUUACAGGGAGGUGAAACAGCAACGUGCUGCAUGCAUCUCUGCUAAGAAGGACAAGAAAUUGAGAUAUAUUUCACCGGUGCCAUCAUCUGCAAAGGAUGAAGAAGAAACUCUCGGAGAGCACAAUAGAAGGCGUAUUACAUACGAGAUGGAGAAAAAUAGAGGCUUGACUCGUUACCGAAAGAAGUUGACAAAGACUGCAAGGAAGAAAUACAAGUUGAAGCACCAAAAGGCGGUGGUGCGUCGCAAAGGACAGGUGCGUGAAGCUAGGCGCCCAUCUGGUCCAUAUGGUGGUGAGGUCUCUGGUAUUAAUGUGAACAUCAGCCACAGUGUUAGGUUCCAUUGAGCCCGCUGUUUUCACUAGUUGUUUUCACUUGUGUUUGGAGCUUGGGAGAUUUUCUCCUAGCCUCACUACAUUUUAUUUUUUUUCGUUCUUUCUUAAUUUAUGAGUCAUUGAGUUUGUGUUAAGCCUUCAGCAAAUUAUCCUUAACUAGUUUAUGAAAGUAGUUUUUUUGUUUUUGGAUAAUUCGGUGGGGAAGACAGACGGCCCCCGUAUUUUCAAUAGAUUAGGGGAGUUACAUUUUGAAGGUGUUAAUUGGGGGUGUCAGCGGUAGGAAUGGUUAACUGGGUGUGGGGAUGCUACCACCUAUGUUCCUAGGAAGUUGUCUUUGUAUGAGUUAGAGAAAUUUUGAGAAAUUUGCCGAAUCAUGGAUAUUCUUCAAUCGGAAUUAUUUGGAAUUUUGCUGAUGAGUUAA